AUGCGGUCGGUAGGUGGUGCCGUUGGUGCUACAUGCUGCUUAGUUCCGUCUGUGGGUACCCAAAGGCGUCAGUAUCAUGCUUUUCAGUUCGCAGGGUUCCAUGGGUGGAAGAUACCAUACGAGGGUAAAACGAAAGUGACGAAAGAGGAGCUAGACAACAUUCGUUUCUUCACGCAGCGGUCCAAGGAUAAAUGGGACUACCACCGAGUCGAUGAAAACAUUAACUCGAGUUCGGAGUUCCGCAAAACACAUGACAGACCAGAGUUUGAACAGGGUAUGCGUGAAGACAACUCAACGACCGAUCACGGAGACUUACACACGCCCAAAAAGUACCGUCUGUAUGAACACUUUGAUGAGUAUACAAAACCUGGGGUGAACAAAAAGGUUGCUGCUUGCUAUGCCGUGAAAGAGCAGUGGGAUGCUGAGGAGUUUUAUUACCCUGGCGAGGCAUGGAAGAAGAACCGACCCGGUUUCCGGAGUGUACCUAAGGAACUCUUGAACCGUCAAACGUGGUAUCAUUGGUCCGACACUAUCAUGAAGUGGGAUGAGAUUCAACCCACUAUACGAACCCGUUCCUGGAACCCUGACUGGCCACCUCCUGGAUAUAAAGUGCCAUCAAUGCAUUGCAAGAAGGAGUUUGUAUUUGGUGUGGAGGAUCCUGCUGUUGUGUCCGAAGUAGAGCGCUACAAUUGGUAUCGAUCUUGGAGUGAUAGUAAUCUACGUUGUGGUUGGAAGGACAUAUGGUUGUUCGGUGUGCUGUUCGGAGCUAUGUAUUAUAUGGCCCGUAACGCGCUCGACAUCGUUAGCAUGCGUGCCAUGAUGAGCAACAUGUUUUACCCGGGCCGCCAGUUUAUCCGCUCUUUUGGCACACCGAGGGAUUGGGAAACUGAUGUUUUUUGGUGGCAACGCCCACUUGAGGAAUUUCCCAAUCAGGGCGAAGUGUGGUACAUUAAUGAAAGCCGUUACAAGUACAUUAACUAUAUAAAAAAACGUGACGCGAUGGAACGGGCCUUAGCGGAAGCAGAAAUGAAUGCAGUUUAG